AGCACAUCGUUUGUGAUUUCCUCCUCUGUUCUCGUGUCACAAGUUGCCAUAUGGUUUAUGGAGAUUAUAGAUUGCCGAAUGGGGCACUCAAAUUUAGUGAAGUUAGUCCAGUGACAUCUGGGAAAACGCAAACCCCGUUUGAGGACGCUAAUGAAGUAACUGUUCAUCAAAAUGUAAAGCAAAUUCAAACUCUGACUAUUUAACUGCAGAGUUAGGCUAUCCAUAUUUUGUUUGUUUACGUUAACGAAAUAAAAAUAAACAAGGUCAAUUUAAUUCCAAUUUAAUUAUUUAAUGGUGAAUUUGUUUUUGUUUAAAAUUUUGAAUGGAAGUAGCCUACAUCUUUGUAUGCAGGCUAACACGUAGGCAUACUUGUCUUUUUCCAUAUCAAGUUGUAGUAUUGCCACAACCGAAACAAUCUGACUCAUUUCUGCACCACACGAAUCACCUGCUAAGGAUAUGUCUGCAAUCGACGUUAGUUUCGAGUGACUAGUAGGGCACUUGGCAAUGGGGCCGAGUCAGUUGCAGUAGCAGGAGCAUGAGCAUGUUGAGACGUGGUAGCAAAACCAGCUACAACCCUUACGCUACAAGUCGGAGAGUUAAAAAAUCAGACGCGAAAGCCAAGGACCAACUGGAUAUUCUGCCUAACAAGCCCAACGUAUGGCUCAAACAGCUCUCCAUUCUCCAAGAGCAGCCCCGGAGAGAUGGGGUUGAGAUCACCGUAGUCCCUUCAUCCUUCUCCACCUCCUCCUCCCACCUCUCCCCUGCCACGGCUGGCUUCCUGGACUCCUCGCUGUCCUGCCCGGGCACCCCAGCGACACAGCACGCCAAGCAGGGCGUCCCUGGCUCCUCCAACAUGGCCACGCUCAGGAGACCCACCUCGCUCAGUCGACAUGCCAGCGCUGCAGGGUUCCCUCUGCAGUCGUGGGUGUUCACCAAGGGCCAGGGGAAGGGCCCCCCGACGCCCACCAACCCCGCGGAGGGCCUGGAGAGCACGGCCAUCGAGGUGGAGGACAUCCCCGCCCUGCUGCGGGACGUGGCCCGCUUCGCCGAGGCGGUGGAGAAGCUGAAGGACGUGGUGCUGGCCGAGGGUAAGAAGGAGAGCCGGCGGCCCGUGGCCCACGAGUGCCUGGGGGAGGUGCUGCGCGUGCUGCGACAGGUGAUCAACACCUACCCUCUGCUCAACACCGUGGAGAUCCUGACCGCUGCCGGCAAACUCAUCUCCAAGGUCAAAGGCUUUCACUACGAGCUUUGCAACGACGCGGAUAAGCAGGACUUUGAGAAGGCCAUUGAGACCAUCGCAGUCGCUUUCAGCAGCAAUGUGUCCGAGCUGCUCAUGGGCGAGGUGGACAGCAGCACCCUGCUGUCCCUGCUGCCCACAGAGAAGAGCAGGUCUCUGGAGAACUUGUACGCUGUCUCGGGACACGGAGCCGACGGGGGUCUGUUGAGGAGUUACUCCCAGGACAUAGUCCAGGACGUCGACGUCAACGAGGUCCUCCAGCGGAGCGAGGGAGGGGUGGACUCGGCGCUGCUCUACGCCAAAACCAUCUCCAAGUACAUGAAGGACCUGAUCACCUACGUGGAGAAGAGGACCUCGCUCGAGAUGGAGUUCUCCAAAGGCCUGCAGAGGUUGUACCAGUCCUGCAAGCACAGCAUCACGCAUCCCCACAUGCCGCUGUUCUCCAUCUACUCCCUGGCUCUGGAGCAGGACCAGGAGCAGAGUGUGGGCCUUCAGCAGGCCUACACCACGCUGCACAACCAGACCUUCAUCCAGCCGCUGAUGCAGCGCAAACAGGAGCAUGAGAAGAAGCGGAAGGAGAUCAAGGAGGCCUGGAUUCGAGCCAAGAGGAAACUGAUGGAGUGCGAGGCGAACCUGCGCAAGGCCAAGCAGGCGUACGUGGUCCGCUGCGAGGACUACGACAAGGCCAAGGCCGCGGCCAGCCGGGCCGAGGAGGAGGCCGGAGGCAAGACCCUGGAGAAGAAGAAACGCGUGGAGGAGGACGCCCGCAACAAGGCGGAGGAGGCGGAGGCCACCUAUAAGACCUGCAUCGCGGACGCCACCACGCAAGACAACAAUCUGCAACACACCAAGGUCACCGUGCUGAGGCAGCUGCAGGAGGUGGUGAAACAGAGUGACCAGACGCUCCGCUCCGCCACCAUCUCCUACUACCAGAUCAUGCACAUGCAGACGGUCGCCCUGCCCGUCAACUACCAGACCCUGUGCGAGAGCAGCAAGCUGUACGACCUGGGCCAGCAGUACGGAGCCUGCAUGCGGGACCUCCAGCUGCCGGAGCAGCCCGUCACCCAGUACACCUUCGAACCCUACUCGCCCUCCAGCUCGGCCCACACGCAUCAGAGCGGCAGGUCCAGGAACGACAGCUUCAACGCGGAGCAGUCGCCCAGCAACGAGGCCCAUGAGUCUAGGGACGCAGAGGUCAACAGAAAGAGGCUGGGUCAUAAAUCCUGGGGAUCCACCGUGAGCGAUGAUAGUGUCGGAGCAGCAGGCCUGGAGUCGCCUACGAUCAGCACCAAUGACGAUGGGAAGAUGGGCCGUAGCUCCUCCACUGGAACCAUGUCCUCCAACGAAGACGCGGACGAUAAGGACGGGAACGUGACCUCCUUCGUACCCCAAACUACGCUCAGGGAAAUGAACGGCCUGGAGCCCGACGUGGUGGUCUCCACCGGUCCCUUCCGGAACAUCGGCCUGUCCAAGGCGGCGCAGACCCACCGGCUCAGGAAGCUGCGGACCCCGGCCAAGUGUCGCGAGUGCGACAGCUACGUCUACUUCCAGGGCGGCGAGUGUGAGGAGUGCUUCCUGGCGUGCCACAAGCGUUGCCUGGAGACGCUGGCCAUCCAGUGCGGCCAUAAGAAGCUCCACGGCCGCCUGCAGCUGUUCGGCCAGGACUUCUCCCAGGUGGCGGGCGCGGCCAGCGACGGCGUGCCCUUCAUCAUCACCAAGUGCAUCUCGGAGAUCGAGAGACGCGCCCUCAAGCUCAAGGGCAUCUACCGGGUGAAUGGGGUGAAGACUCGCGUGGAGAAGCUGUGUCAGGUCUUUGAGAACGGCAAGGAGUUGGUGGAGUUGUCCCAGUGCUCCCCCCACGACAUCAGCAACGUCCUGAAGCUCUACCUCAGACAGCUGCCGGAGCCCAUCAUGCUGUUCCGGCUGUACCACAGUCUGAUGGGCCUGUCCAAGGAGAGCCUGCAGCACGAGGCCGAGAGCCCUGAGAACGAGGGGGCGGAGGGCGGUGCUGCUGGUGGUGGUGGUGGUGGUGGUGGUGGAGUCGGGGGCAAGGGACCCGAGCUGGUGGACCUGGGGGACGACACGGACCCGGAGAUCCUGGUCCUGGUGGAGAAGCUGAGGAACCUCCUGAAGGAGCUGCCCAAGACCAACAUGGCCACCCUGCGCUACAUCAUACGCCACCUCCGCAGGAUCUCUGAGCUGGAGCAGGACAACAAGAUGAGUCCCAGUAACCUGGGCAUCGUGUUCGGGCCGUCCCUGAUGCGGCCGCGCCCCACCGGCGCCACGGUGUCCCUGUCCUCGCUGGUGGACUACCCCCACCAGGCCCGCAUCAUCGAGGCCCUCAUCGUCUUCUACGCCGCCAUCUUCCAGCCCAGGACCGCCACCACCAGCCCCACCGCCACCGCGCAGCAGAUCGGCACUGCAGAGGGGAGCUCUGAGGCCGAGGAAACCAAAGAGACGAGCAGACCGGACUCUGGACAGGUGGAGGAGGAAGGAUGUGCCAGCUCCCCGGGCUCCACGGGCUCCAACGAACGGCUGCCCGACUCCGACCCGGAGACGGACGAGGCGGAGGGCCAGGGGGGCCAGGGGGGCCAGGGGGGCCAGGGGCCCGACAGCCCAGAGAACCGCCCCAGGCUGACCCGGCAGCAGAGCCAGUUCAGCGUGGAGGAUGACGAGGAGGAGGAGGAGGAGGAGGAGGACCAGGAGAGCCCGGAGCCGUCCGGACCGUCGGGACUGCCGGUGAUCUGCAUCGAGACGGAGGAGGACCCGGGGCCGCCGGACGGACGGGGGGAGGUCCCGGCGCUGCCCGACACCGAGCCCCCCGAGGAGGAGGAGGGCGGCGGGGGGGAGGAGCUGAGCGAGGCCCUGGCGGAGCUCAACGUGAACCAGUCCAACAAUAACUGUCCCCUCUCCCCCCAACCCAGCCGCUCAGGGCUGACCCACGUGUGUAGGAAGCAGCUUCCCCUGACCCGGAACAGGGACCAGGAGCCAGAGUUUGUCUGAGGCCGUCGAGGUGUGUAUGUCUCCGUGUGUCCGAGGGGUCCCCUCAGAAAGACGGGGGACCCGGGCUAAUGUGUACGUAAGGACUACAUUGGAAUUUAAGUGUUAUCUUUUUUAUGGUUCAUGUCGCGGUUAAUUAAUGUAAAUUGUCGGUCAAGGGGUGAUUCAUGUGGUACGUAGAACAACCUGUCCAUUUCAGAAGCCAUGUGCGGUUUUAUUCAUUCAAAUGUGUUCUUUCAGAUGCCAUGAGGUUUUAUACAUUCAGAUGUAUACUUUUAGAUCUUUACCAGUGUAUUGUUAAGGGAUUAUUGCCUAUAAGGCCUGAGCGAUGUCUGCAGUUGCAGCUUCAUCGAAUGCCCCUCUGCAGCACAUGUACAAUGAAGUGCUGCUGGUGUAAUUUCAGCACUUGAUGUUUAAACCUUGCCUUUUUAUUAUGCAUGUUGUCUGUUCCUUGUUUUGGACGUUACCGUCAUAAAUAAAUUUCAGGCCAUUUUAAAAAUUUGUUUAUGGAUUUAUGGUUUUAUAUCCAUGAUGCUUGAUAAUUGGAACAUUAACCACUUCCCCGUUUGCCAAAACACGUGUACUCAGGCCAGGAGCAGUUAGGUACAGUAUGGGACUAGUUGUUUUGGGAUGAAUUAACCUCAUUGUUAGUUUGAAUCAACAAAAGGUAAGGCCUUAAAGGUCCCAUAUUAUACCACAAGGUGUGUGAUAAGCAUUAACAAGCAGUUUUUCAAAUCUGCCUCUUCCUGUGUUUUAGUGACAUCACAAGUGUGCGUGUCCACCUUAAUGUGUGCUGGAUAGAUCAGUCUACCAGCCUUUUCAGUGGACUGUAGCAAACGUAGCUCAGUCGUACAUCUAGGUGGAUUUAUUUUGAAAACGGCUUGUAAUUGCUAAGCACACACCUGGUGGUAUAUUACGGGACCUUUUUAAAACAUGUCAGUCUGGUUUUCAGUGUGGGAAGAACUAACUGGUUGGUUGCGUUCAACCUAUUCACUGUAUCUUUAAAGAAAUGGUGGCAAAUUUAAAGAAGCAUAAUUUUAUUAAAUUCAGAGGUUUUUUUUACAAAAAUACAUAGUAGAAAUAACAAAGGGAUCUCUGGUCUGCAGAGAAAGCGGGAUAAGUCAGGAUAUGGCCCAGUGCUGACCCUGUGAGGGCUUGGAAACAACCUAUUGAAGUAUGACCUGAAUUUAAACAAAACGCUUUCGUCGAUUGACCUGGGUCCGGAACUUCCACUUCACGGUCAUACAUUUACUGAACAGCAAACAAUACUUGAUUCAAAUUGUCGCACAUUGGGGUCAUCCUGCACUUGCAGUCAUUCACUGGACCAGUCUGUAUGUGAUGUAGCGCCCAGCGGUCUCACUUGACCUGAUGAUCUUCACAACCUGAAAAGAUACGCAUUGAGUUACAUGAUGCAAUUGGAAUUCAAUGUUUGUGCUGAUAAACACGAUCAGAUGUACUUUAUUAUAAAAUGUAGAAAGAUGUUUACUGUAACCGAACACCAUGUCCGGGAACAUUGACCCAUAUCAGAUAUACACAAUGUCAACUGACAAAGCAACAUUGCCUACAUGUACAAUAACAGCCUGAGGUUGGAGUUGGGCACAUUUUCAUGAAUUGCAUUAUCCCCUCUCCAGAAUUAAAGACUAAUGUAUUCAAGUCACCCUGGCACUUAAUAAAAGUGCUUAGCAUCAUGUAGCAACUCAUCCUAGCUAUUUUAGUUGUAUACAGGGAAUGGGUUUAACCUAGAAAUAGUAAGUGCUUGGCCCUUGUUCCUAUGAACACCCUCACUGUAUUGACAGCAAUAUUAUGUUUGUUUCUUCUGACAAAUGUACGUUUGUAAGUUGCUUAGGAUAAAAGUGUUUGCUAAACGCCCUCAAUGUCAAGGCUGAGGGUUUACCUGUCCUCUCUUCAGACCAAAGUAUCGAGCCACUGGGUCCCCACCCUGGAUUCUAGGCAGCUGACUCUCUUUCAGUUUGCUGGGAUAGAAACGGAGAGGAAUGAUGAGAAAUGUGUGUUGCCUGGUGUCAUACAUCUUGAGAUGACUUGUUCAGUCAACAGCCCUUCCAUGCUUGGUUAAGGCAGUUGCCAAGCUGCUCACAUCCUAUAGAAUUAUACUCACUAUCUUGCCAGUAGUUCAACCACUUCCUCCUUCGUCAUCACGAUAUGUUCAGGAACGAGCUGCAGGCAGAUAUGAUACGCACACACAUCGAUCACAAUAGUCAUUUCGGUACAUAUGAGCUACAACGAUCUUUGUUUUAAAGAUAAUACCUCAUGCUCUGUGAUGUUAAUGAGCAGCUCCUGCUGUAGAAACUGUUCCAGAAUGUACUUUGGUGCCAUGUCAACUAGAGACUGUAAAAGAUAAGCAUGAGCACAACAUUAGAAAUGUAGAGGUUAGGGCUGAGCAAUCAUUCAGUAUUAUUGUACAUCUCUUGGAAUGAUAUUGUAUCGUCAUGAAAUUAAGAUACUUAUCGUGAUGCCCAGUUUUAUAAUUAAAACGAUUGAACAUGAGAACCAUGCCCUUUAAAUGAUCAAAUGUGAGGUCUGAAAUGUUAGUUUGGCGCAGAAACGAGUUCCAGUCAAACAACAUUUUCAACAUUUCCAUGUACUUUAAGAUAAUGACAAUCAGUUAAAACGGUUAAGAAUGUAAUUUUUAAAUUUGUAAGCAUAUUGUAAUAUUUAUCGAUAUUGUGUAAAAUUCGCCUUAUUUAUCGCUAUCAUUUCGAUUUUACCCAGCCCCAUUGGGGUUAUCACACGACUCACUUUCAUAUUGGUUUAAUAGUCAACAUACAAAGUCAUACUAACAAAUAAAUUAGCGUAACCCUUUGUGUGCUCAAGCGUAACCCUUGAGCACACAAAUAUAAUAAUAGCAUCACUACCGCUUGCAUAUACGAUUUUGUUAUCUUUAAAAAUCGGUGGGACUACAUUCCAUUAUAACGGAAAUAUAAACGGCGCAACUGAAGGUUUCACCUGUUUGGCCGAAGGGGUCAUUCCCAUCUGAACCACGAUGAUGGCCCGGGUGAUGUUCUCCUCCUGCAUCCUCUGACAGUACAUCUUGAUGGUCUUGAUUCCGACUUUGGGCUCCUCUAAUCAAUGGGGAGAAAGCUUGCUCGAACUCAUUUCAGAAAAGGAACGACAAACACCAGCCUCAAGAGAACAUGGAUACAUUAUAUUCAAUCAAACAGAUGACCUAUUGCUACUACUGCCUGUUUUACCAUCUGUAUGUUCUGUACACAGGCUCCAAGGGUUCCACAUAAACUUACCGGGGAAGAAAACAAACAUCUGAUCCGUGGGGUCGUCGUUGUGGGCUACGAGCACCGUCAGGUCCGUCCGCCUGGGACGACCCUCACUAGGUUUGUCACCGAAUUGACUCUUAAACUCAUCCAGCGUCUGGUCCAACUCAUCCUGGGUCACCAGAUAACCUCGGUCAUGGCAAAGCUGCAAGGAGGAAAAUCAACUGGUGAAUUAGUGGUAUAGAUAAUAAAUCGUUCAACAGGGUAGACCUGAGUCAGGAGUAAAACAAUAUAUUAACACUACCCUGGCUCAUUUGAACAUCUUUAUUAUGGCAUAGAUCAAAUGGAAUGAUGCCAUCACAGUCGAUUCGGAGUCAGACUGGGA